GCGAACGCGUUCGAUGGAAGGGCGAAGGGCUCCGCUGGGCUGCAGGACAACUGACGAUGAGUCACCGGGAGAAUGGGUCUUGUGUCCAAUGGGCUCUCGCGGCUCUCCCCCUCCCGCUCUCCCACCCUCUCCCCCUACUCGCCGCGUUGCGGACGCCUUCGGUCGGAUUCUGGAGUUUAAAGUGGCCGGGGCAGCGACGACGAUCGGCGGCGGCGGCGUUCGACGGUGAGCGCGAAUGAUCAGUGUCCGUGUAGUUUGUAGCUCGUGUGUGCCUCGUUCGUGUUGCUCGCGUGCGUGCCGCAGCGGUGGAACGGUUGGCGCGAGCGGAGGCACGAGCGAGGUCCUCUCCCGGACACGAGGAGACUCGUCCGCGAUCGACGGUGCGGUGCUCGCGAACGAUAGUCGCGAUACAUAGCCUCUCGCCGGCCUGUUAAAUGUGUCAGUAUGGGGAAUCAAACGAUGGACCAGUUUUGCGGCACUAAGUUUUGGGACGAUAAUAUAACAUGGCACACGAACAAUCCAGAUCUAACAGAAUGCUUCCAAAAGACGAUAUUAGUAUGGGUACCAUGUAUAUUUCUAUGGGUGUUUUCGACAAUGGAAGCAUAUUACCUUUUAAAUAGUAAAAGGAGAAAUGUCCCACACACGUGGUUAUUUAUUUCUAAGCAAGUACUUACAGUAGGAUUAAUUUUACUCUCCAUAGUGGAUUUAGGAGUGGCAAUACAUGCAAGUACCGAUCAUACGGUCCACAGUGUUGAUUAUUACACACCCGUUAUAAAAAUUAUUAGCUUUAUAUUAGCAUCUAUUUUAAUGGUAUAUAAUAGGAAACAUGGAAUGCGAACAUCCGGCCUUUUAUUUCUAUUUUGGUUUCUCCUUACGAUAUGUGGAUGUGUCCAAUACAGGAGUUUUGUAAGAGAAUUCACAAAAGGGGCAGAGCCGACAUACCCAUUGGUGUCCUAUAUGAUCUACUAUCCGAUAGUAGUAAUAUUGUUCGUACUUAAUUUCCUGGUCGAUGCAGAACCUAAAUUCUCCGAAUACCCUACGGUCGAAUCGCCAUGUCCAGAACAAAGAUCAUCUUUUCCAUCGAGAAUGCUCUUUGCGUGGUUCGAUUCCUUAGCAUGGAAGGGUUUUCGAAAACCGCUCGAGACAUCCGAUCUGUGGUCCAUGAAUCCAGAGGACAUGGCUGCGGAGAUCGUGCCGAAAUUUGACAAAUAUUGGAAUAAAAAUCUGAGAAAAACAGACGAGCUGGUUUGGACUUACUUUAGAGUAGAGAGUGCGAAAGCAUCAUACCGGAAGGCGUCCGGACAAGUGGAUUUUAAUAAUGGUCGUAAAAAGAGAAUCGCCUCCAUCCUACCACCCAUCUGCAAAGCUUUCGGAACGACGUUCCUGUUUGGCGCAUUCCUAAAACUAAUCCAAGAUAUUAUGACAUUUAUUAGCCCUCAAAUAUUAAAGCUUCUGAUUGGUUUUAUCGAAGGAGAUGAGCCAAUGUGGAAGGGAUACCUUUAUUCUAUCUUACUUUUACUUACAGCAACACUUCAAACACUAGUACUGUCUCAGUACUUUCAUCGUAUGUUCUUAGUCGGACUGCGUAUACGUACUGCACUAAUCGCGGCGAUUUACCGUAAAGCAUUAAGAAUGUCAAAUUCAGCCAGGAAGGAAACCACGCUUGGCGAGAUAGUGAACUUAAUGUCCGUAGACGCUCAAAGAUUCAUGGACCUGACCGCAUACAUAAAUAUGAUUUGGUCGGCUCCAUUGCAAAUAGCGUUAGCUUUGUACUUUCUCUGGGAAAUAUUAGGGCCAGCGGUGCUCGCUGGCUUAGCAGUUAUGAUCAUUCUCAUUCCCGUGAAUGGCUUGAUCGCAAACAAAGUAAAAACAUUACAAAUCAGACAGAUGAAGAGCAAGGACGAGAGGGUUAAGUUAAUGAACGAAGUACUUAACGGUAUCAAAGUGCUAAAGCUUUACGCGUGGGAGCCUUCGUUCGAGCAGCAGAUACUUAAAAUACGUGUCAAAGAAAUUCAGGUGUUAAAAGAAGCGGCAUACCUGAAUGCCGGUACAAGCUUUAUAUGGUCGUGCGCACCCUUUUUGGUAUCGCUGGUAUCUUUUACCACUUACGUACUUAUAGAUGAAGAAAACGUCCUAGAUAGUACAACUGCGUUUGUUUCGCUCAGUUUGUUCAAUAUAUUAAGAUUUCCACUUUCUAUGCUGCCCAUGAUGAUCGGUAAUAUAGUUCAAGCUUAUGUCUCUGUGAAACGCAUCAAUAAAUUUAUGAAUAUGGAAGAGUUGGAUCCUAAUAACGUGCAGCAUGACCCAUCAGAAGCGCACGCGUUAGUAAUUGAGAAUGGUAGCUUCUGUUGGGACACAGCGGAACACAUUGACAGACCAGUACUACGAAAUAUCAAUUUCCAUGUACAACAAGGUCAAUUAGUAGCAAUAGUUGGUACAGUAGGAUCAGGCAAGAGUUCCCUCUUAUCCGCUUUGCUCGGCGAGAUGGAUAAAUUGAGCGGAAAAGUAAAUACCAAAGGUUCGAUUGCGUAUGUCUCGCAGCAACCAUGGAUACAGAACGCCACGUUGCAGGACAACGUCUUGUUUGGAAAAGCUUUGAACAAAUCGCUGUACAAUCGUGUAAUCGAAGCGUGCGCGCUGAGCCCGGAUCUGAAGAUGCUACCUGCGGGAGAUCAGACGGAGAUCGGAGAGAAGGGGAUAAAUUUGUCCGGCGGUCAGAAGCAAAGAGUAGCAUUAGCCAGAGCUGUCUAUAACGAUUCGGAUAAUUAUUUCUUAGACGAUCCGCUAAGCGCGGUAGAUUCGCACGUGGGCAAACACAUUUUUGAAAAUGUACUCGGUCCAAAUGGCCUGUUGAAGAAGAAGACGAGGGUGCUCGUCACGCAUGGUAUCACGUAUCUGCCGGAGGUCGACAACAUUAUCGUUCUCAAAGACGGGGAAAUAACGGAGAGCGGGACCUACAAGCAACUGCUAGAGAAGAAGGGCGCUUUCGCCGAGUUCUUGGUGCAACAUCUGCAAGAAGUUGGAAAUCUGCACGUUGAUGAGGGUUCCGAAGCAGAUUUACGUGAGAUUAAACAGCAACUUGAAUCAACGAUCGGGGCAGAUGAACUGCAGCAAAAGUUAACUCGAGUACGAUCGAGAAAAUCUGAAAGUCUAAGCGAAUCUGGUUCCAUAACGGAUAGAAUCGACAGAAAGUCCCUCAAUGGUUCUUUAAAAAGGCAGUACUCAACAGAGAGUCAACAGUCGGCAAGUUACGUGCACAGUAAUAGCACGAAAGAAAAGGAAACGUCGAAAUCUAAUAACGCCGGGGAGAAACUAAUAGAAGUUGAGAAAACUGAGACCGGAAGCGUGAAAUGGCAAGUGUACUCUCACUACUUAAAAUCUAUCGGAUGGUUCUUGUCGAUAUCGACAAUUGUGAUGAACGCGGUCUUCCAAGGGUUCAACAUCGGUUCGAGCGUUUGGUUGAGCGUGUGGUCGAACGACAAUCUCACUGUCGGGAACGGCACGGUCGACACGGUGAAACGAGACAUGUACCUCGGAGUGUACGGCGCACUCGGACUUGGUCAAGCCACUUUUGUAAUGCUGUCACAGGCAGCGUUGGUAAUCGGUUGUCUACGGAGCAGCAAGCUGUUGCAUUCAGAGUUAUUAUUUGGCAUUCUACGAUCACCUUUAGAAUUCUUUGACAUAACACCAUCCGGCAGAAUAUUAAAUCGUUUUGGGAAGGACAUUGACGUAAUAGACAACGUUUUACCACCAAGUAUUAGAGCUUGGUUGUUUUGUCUGGCAUCGGUCAUAGCCACCCUCGUCGUGAUAAGCUAUAGUACACCCAUAUUUACGGUGGUAAUAAUACCAAUAGGUGCGAUUUAUUACUUUAUUCAACGUUUCUACGUUGCUUCAUCGCGCCAGUUGAAACGAUUAGAAUCCGUGUCAAGAUCUCCUAUAUAUUCGCAUUUUAGUGAAUCGGUGACUGGUGCACAGAUAAUAAGAGCGUACGGGGUUCAAGAACAAUUUAUUCACGAGUCCGAAAGUAGAGUAGAUUUCAAUCAAGUGUGCUAUUAUCCCAGUAUUAUCGCAAACAGAUGGCUGGCCGUGAGAUUGGAGAUGGUUGGAAAUUUAAUUAUAUUUUUUGCAGCAUUAUUCGCUGUUUUAGGUCGAGAUACUAUGAGUUCAGGACUCGUUGGUCUGUCAGUCAGCUAUGCCUUACAAAUUACUCAAACGUUGAACUGGCUGGUUCGCAUGACUUCCGAUGUUGAGACCAAUAUUGUUGCGGUAGAGAGGAUAAAGGAGUAUGGAGAAACAACGCAAGAAGCACCCUGGAAGAAUACAGAAUAUUCACCCCCGAAAGAAUGGCCUACUCAUGGUCGUGUCGACUUCAAGGACUUUAAAGUCCGAUACAGGGAGGGAUUAGAUCUCGUGCUGAAUGGUUUGACGUUCAGCGUUCUUGGCGGCGAGAAAAUCGGCAUAGUGGGCAGGACCGGUGCCGGAAAGUCGUCCUUGACGUUAGCACUUUUCAGAAUAAUCGAAGCAGCUCAAGGAAAGAUCUUUAUCGACAAUGUCGAUAUCUCCAAGCUAGGUCUUCACGAUCUACGUUCGAGAUUGACCAUCAUCCCGCAGGAUCCCGUAUUGUUUUCGGGAACAUUGAGGAUGAAUCUGGAUCCUUUCGAUUGCCAUUCCGAUGAGGAAGUUUGGAGAGCACUGGAGCAUGCUCAUCUUAAAUCCUUUGUAAAAAAUUUGUCUAGUGCCCUGUUACACGAAGUUACCGAAGGCGGCGAGAAUUUGAGCGUAGGACAACGGCAAUUGGUCUGCUUAGCUAGGGCCUUACUUAGAAAAACAAAAGUACUCAUACUAGACGAGGCAACGGCCGCGGUAGAUUUAGAAACGGAUGAUUUGAUUCAGACCACCAUCCGUCAAGAGUUCAAGCACUGUACAGUCCUCACUAUAGCCCAUAGACUCAACACUAUACUGGAUUCUGACAGGGUGAUCGUACUAGAUAAAGGGCUGAUCGUUGAAUAUGAUUCUCCGGAAGCGCUACUUCGUAACCCAUCUAGCUCUUUCUACAGUAUGGCUAAAGAUGCAGGUUUAGCUGCUUAAGCAAAAAUGCAUAUCAUAGUGUUUUUCAGUGGCUAUGCUUUAGCCACGACAUGAGCCCAACGGAAACGACAUGCAGAGAGGCAUAGAACAAAUAAUGCGUAGUUUAUCAUAUAUAUAUAAAUUAAUUUGUAUAGUAAAAAUAUUUCUACGCAGAAAAGUGAGCGUUCGAGAUAAUCGACGAUGCAAAAAAAAAACACGUUGAUCUCUCAUCAAAAUUUUCCUUGCCAAUUUCUGUCACGCGAUGAGAGAUUGUCCUUCCCAGUUGUACCAUCGAUUAUCGAUUGUAACUUCUUAUAUUACAUUGUAGAAUAAGUUUUGUAGCGAAGUCUUGGGACACGGAAUAAGUAAUGCGACAUACUUUAUUUCUAAAGCAAUAUCAAUACUUUAUGCAUUACAAUUGAAUAAUGAUUGAAUGAAUUAUCACACAUGUGAUAAAUAUGUUGCAAUUCUCUGAUAAAUACAGAAUAUCAGUUUGCAUUUUCAUUUUCAUGUGCUUGGUUUUAUUUUUUUUAUGUUUUUCUUUUCUACUAAUAUCUCCUCUCGAAAUUUUACAAUAAAAAUAAUACACACAUACAAGACACACGCUUGUAAAAAAAUUUUAUGAGAACCUUGCUGCUGCAAGUUCUCAUUCAAAUACAAUAUCCAUUUCUUGUAGAGCAACUAUAUUUUAUUAAUAAUUGAUGUUAUAUGAUAUUAUAUGUUUAUAUAUUAAUACACAGGGAAAGAGAGAGAGAAAAUUAAAUAAGAGACAUACACACACAUGCACAUAUAUAUUUGGGAAAGUGCUUCAAAUUUCACAUCACAUAGCAUAUUCCUGAAAUCAUUUGAGGAAGAAAAUUUUGAUGCCAAACAUCAAAACUGUAAUACAAUAGUUUUUAAAUGGAAUAUAUAAAGUUAACUAAUUAUAUCUAAAGCUCGUGUAUUUUGCCAGGAAUGAUAUUCUUCAUGUCAUGUUAAAAUGUUAAGGAUAUAGUAAGAUCUUUUAUUAGUUUUUAUGCGCGAAGUGCAAUACUGUGUAUAUAUGUGUGCGUGUGUAUAUAAAAUUGAAAAGUUCCCAAAAUGUUACACAUAAGAUUUACUUGAGCAGUAAUUAAUUUUUAAGAAUUGAUGUUUACGUUACAUUUGCGAUAUAAUUUAUUACAUAAUUCUUACAACAUACAAUAGUCCUAAAUAACUUUUAAAUUACCAUAAUUUCCCGAAAAGAGAUAUUUGCGAAAGUAUAAAGUCGACGUUGAAUAGAAUAUCGCUAAAAUAUUUGAUCAAAUUAUAGGAUCUUUGCAUCUGACAACUUCCAAGUUGCAUUAUGCCUACCUUAAUAAUUCCGUUUUAUUAAAAUAAGAACUAACGGUAAUUAUGUCUGCAGUGAUCGCUAAAAAUGUGCGUGUUCUAACUAAAAAGAGAACAUUAUAAGAGAGAUUAUAAAAAAUUGCAGAUAGUUAACAGAAAUUAUUCCAGGUAAUUUAAAAUGUUCCCAAUAAUUUAAAUCGUUGAGCUUUAAGGUACUAUUUUCAUAUACUUACUACCCAAAUAACAUAAUAUUCAAAAUGUGUUCUUUAGAUUGAACGCACAUAGGAUGUUUUCGUGGACUGUAUAGCUUACCCGUUAAAAGAAUCGAUUUUUAUUUCCACCUUGAUGUAUGACAAUCACAAAUCGCAAUAAUAGUAUUUAUUUAUUUUCGCCUUGCUACAUCAUGCAAUUUUGUCAUAGGACAAACGAUGCCUUAAUUUAAUCCCAUAUACGUAUAUAAUAUUUGCCAUAUGCUCUUAUUUUUAUUCAAAACCAUUUACGUGUAUGUAGUAUGCAGUUAAACGCGUUAUUUUUAUAUUCUUAUAGAUCACUCAUUGAAGCAAAUAAUGCUGUUGCAACAUUUUCAGUUUGAUAUCUACAUUUUGUACGCGGCACAAAUAUCUAGUUAAGUGCAACACACUUUAUUGUAUAUAUUCUAUCCCUUUAUAAACUCUUUUUCCGUACUGUCCGAAGUAUCGAAUAACGCCCGUGCCUACUUUACAAUGAGUAGAAACCUUUUUAUCGAGUUGUACGACUAAAAUAAAGCUAUAACUUAGUUUUCAACAGUCUUACAACAGCAUUCUGAUCGCAUUCAUAGAUUCAAUUUAAUAUCUUAGCCAUCUAUCCUUCUAUUUUAUAAUUAAGUUAUCAACGAUACACGUAGGAAAUUUAUAUAGUAUUUUAAUCUCUUUAGUCUUACUAUACGUAAUUUAUAGUACUAAAUAUUUUCAAAAGUAAUAUUAUGUUAAAUGUACUUAUUUUCUAUUUGUCAUUUUAAGUAAUGUAAGUGAGGCUGCUGGAAAUGAGAUAAUUAUUAAAGACUUCUACAAUUUCUGUUGCCA